AAAUGUGAUUGGAUGAUGAAUUAUUUAACCCAAAAUUUGCAUUUACACCGCCCUUUCUUUUUGUGUUUUUGUUUUCAUCGUAUCACACUAUCGCACUCGCCAAUCGUCCCUAAGUCUCGUUGCUGUGACCUAGCGCUUCUCUUCUCUGGUUCCGGCUUUGUGCUUCAUCGUGGCCAAGCCGGGAAUUCGGAUUAUCUAGGAAGGAUGGGCGAUUUGGUUAGCACCUUACCGGAGGAACUCAUAUGCCACAUACUCUCUUUUCUCCCAACCAAGCAAGUUGUUGCCACAAGCAUUCUCUCCAAGCGAUGGAUGCCUCUAUGGCGUUCAGUUUCUACUCUCGACUUCGAUGAUUCCGACUUUAAUGGAAGCAAAAAGGCUUAUGCUCGUUUUGUUCAGUCGGUGUAUGCAUUCAUCGUCUCCCGCGAUAUGCACCUCCCUAUCGAAAAAGUUCGCCUCAAUUGUUCCUCCUAUGUUUGUGAUCCUGCCACUGUCAGUGAAUGGGUUAAUGUUGUUGUGCAACACAGAGUUCAACACCUUGAUCUCUGGCUCCCCCUCCGUUACCUCUAUGUUCAACAACCCCCUAACUUGUCUUCCAUCUUCACUUGCAAAACUCUCGUAGUUCUCAAGUUGCAUUGCACCAAGUUGGAACCUAUUUCCUCUGUUGAUUUACCUUUCCUUAAACUCCUCCAUCUAAAAGAUUUGAGGUUCUCAAAACGUGCAUGUCUCGCCGAGCUUCUUUCUGGAUGUCCAAUUCUUGAGGAUUUUAAAGCAAAACGUUUAUAUUUUCAUCAAGAUGUCGCUGAUACAGAGUUUAAAACAUUACCAAAGUUGCUGGGAUUGGUUAACAAUGUCAAGUUUUUGCGCAUAGAUGGGAUUGCGCGCAGACUUGGUAAUGGCCCUGGCCCGUACGUUUUCCCCAUGUUUCACAAUUUGACCCAUGUUGAACUUGAAUAUAGAACUUAUAAUACUGAUUGGUCUGAGGUUGUGGAAUUGCUCAAGUGUUGCCCCAAGCUUCAAGUUCUUAUCAUUAACCAGCCAAGUAUACCUUUCAAUGAGCCUGAUCUACUUGAAAAACCAGCAAAGUGGCAGUACCCACCAUCUGUUCCUAAAUGCAUUUUGUUACACCUUAAAAAAUGCUGCCUUAAUAAUUUUAGAGGAACCAAAGGUGAGUUUCAAUUUGCAAAGUAUAUAAUGAGGAACGGAAGAUUUUUGAAGAGGAUGACAAUAUCCAGUGGGAUUUUCAUAAAUCAAGGGGGAAAGGUUGAGAUGUUAAAAAAACUAUCCUGUUGCAUGAGGAGUUCUGCAACUUGUAAACUUUCCUUUAACUGAUAACAAACUCGAUAUGUUCGCUGCAAGUAGUUUUUUCAUUCCUUCCUUUUAACUAGUAGCUAGCUACAAGGAUAUGGAUCUUGUCUUAAUUUUCAAAUUAGUGGAACUUGUUCUUUACUGAUGGUUAAUUUUAAAAUUGAGAUAUAGUGCUCAAGUGUGAGACAAUUGUA